CUCAACUUUUUUGCUUUCUUUCUCCAACUUCUGUUUAGGCACAAAAUCACAUAAUUAGCUUCGCCUAUAUACAUUCUUCAUAUUUCUAUCACAGCAACUCUGCAUAAUGGCGCUUGCACCUGCCCAAAUAAAGCCUGUUCAAUACACCACGGAAGAGGAUCACAUCAAACAUUAUAAUUGCAGAGCUUCAGACCCAUCUAUGUCAAAACCACAUAAAACUGUGGGCAAGUAUUACCUGUCAAAAACUCUUGGUAAAGGCUCCAUGGGUAAAGUAAAAUUAGCGACGAAUAUAGAUACCCAAGAAAAAGUCGCUGUCAAAAUUGUACCACGUAGAUUUCAUAGCAAUUCUGCUGAUCCGAAGAAAACAAAAGAUGUAGAUAAAAGUAGAGAGAUUCGAACUAUUCGCGAAGCAAGUAUUAUGCUUCUGCUUGACCAUCCCAAUAUUGCCAAAGUAUAUGAAAUGUCACUUGUGGAUAAUUAUUAUUACUUGUUUAUGGAAUAUGUGGAUGGCGGCCAACUGUUAGAUUAUGUUAUUUCUCAUGGAAAACUCAAGGAAAAGCAUGCUAGAGACAUAUCUCGUCAAAUUGCCAGUGCUUUAGACUAUUGUCAUCGCAAUCUAAUUGUGCACAGAGAUUUGAAAGUGGAAAAUAUCCUUUUAUCUACAAUAGGCACUAUUAAAAUCAUUGAUUUCGGAUUAUCUAAUGUAUUUUCUCCCAAGUCUCAACUAAACACUUUCUGUGGAUCACUUUACUUUGCGGCACCUGAAUUGCUGGAUGGACGUGUUUAUACAGGGCCGGAGGUGGAUAUAUGGAGUUUUGGUAUUAUCAUUUACGUUCUUGUAUGUGGGCAAGUGCCUUUUGACGAUCCUACUAUGGGCGGUAUGCAUGCUAAAGUGAAAAAAGGCCAUGUAAACUAUCCGGCUCACCUGUCUUCAGAUUGCAGGAAUAUGUUACAGCGUAUGAUAGUAACGGAACCGAAAAAUCGAGCCACUUUGCAAGAGGUUUUAUACCAUCCUUGGAUGAAUAGAGGGUAUGAUAGCAUUGUAGAUAAUCAUCUUCCAAAACGGAAACCACUUCAACUACCAGUGGAUAUGAAUGUUAUCAGAGGAAUGAAAGGUUUUGAUUUUGGCACGGAAGAAUCGAUAAAAAAGGAAUUAGAAGCACUAAUAACAUCAGAGGAAUAUCAGCAAAGUACAAAAGAAAUGGAUACAAAAAGAGUGGAAGCUGGCGGGACUAAUGUGCUGCAUUCAGUCCGUAGAAAAUCAUUACCUUACGUUCUGGGAUUCCCAUCUCAACAGAUACCACCAGCUCCCCAGACGUCACCGCCAGCAUUUCAUCCUUUGAUCUCUGUUUAUUACCUGGUACAAGAACAUAUGCAAAAGGAAGACAAACAAACACAUCGGUUAUCUGCAACUUCAGCUACAGAUACACCAACUGUUGGUAUUUCUUAUACUGCAGAAGGUAAAAGAGAUGUGUACCAAUCUACAGUACAAGAAGAACAAGUCAUUCCACAGCAAAUGUCAGCGCAGCUAUCCAGUAAUGGCAGAGCUGCUCUGGAUUUCACAAAAGAAGAAGAAACUGUAUUGCGUAUACCCAAGCUGGAAAUAACACCUACAACCACAUCAGCAUCCAGUGCAUCAUCGAAUGCAUCCUCUAAACCAACAACCAAACAACCUAAUUUAUUUCGUCGUCUAAGUCGUCGCAUAGGAAAUGAAGGCGGCAAACAACCACAUACUGGUACUGCUGUGAUAGCAGCAGAAAACAAUAUGCUUCCUUCACCUCCUCCACCCUCUAUCAUAAACAUUCAUCCUUACGAUCAAAGGCAUAAUAUGGCUUCUGCACAAGAAGAGCAAAUUAAAGUUUCCGCCAGCGCGGACAACGCUCAGCCUGUGGUGACUAUCAACCUACCAGAAGAGCCUUCUUCUCUUACCAGCACAAAUAAAACUGGUCAACUGAAUGGUACUCAUAACAGCAAAUGGAAUAGGCUCCUUAAACGUGCCACUUCAAUGAGCGCGAAGAAAGACUACCGUCGGCGGUUUUCUCAUCUCCCUCAAUUCGAUGCUCAGAUUCGGCGAAAGUCAACUUGUGGGUCUGCCACACUGGAAAACAAGCAAAAUCAUACUGCAGGAGCGGCAGUCAACGCUACUACAGUUGUUACUCCCCUUCAUCCAGAAAACAUGUAUCUCACCUUGCCUCCGUCCUCAGCAACUCCACCCACCGCUUCAACUUCAGCUGAUACAGUUGUUAUACAACAACACGAAAGGACCGAAGCGAACAAUAACGACUGCAAUCAAAUGACGAUGGAUCAAGCAGACGAUUUAUCUGUUAAAUCAGUAUAUAUCAGGGGGUUGUUCUCUGUAUCCACCACAUCCAAUAAAAAACCUGCUGAAAUCCGAAAGGAAAUCGUUCGUGUAUUACAAGCCAAUGCUUAUAUUGAGUUCAAAGAAACGAAGGAUCGAUUUAAAUGUGUGCUAUUGAGUAAGCCUAAUAGAAUAAGAAACGACCCCACUAUGACAAUUGUAUAUUUCACUGACGAAGAGGAAACGACAAGUUGUCUGGUUGAACAACAACGACAACAACAGACGUCUGCAGCAAAAUCAAAGCGAUACAUAUUUGACUACUCUAUAGAUGAUCCUCAAGCUGUUAGAUUCGAUAUUUAUAUAGUAAAAAUACCUUGGUUAUUAGGAAUGAGAGGGAUACGGUUUAGGCGUAUUAUGGGGGACCCUUGGCACUAUAAGAAUAUCUGUAGUAAAAUAUUAGACAGUAUUAAAUUGUAGUCUUGCAACUGCCCAAAUAAUAAAAAAAGAACCCCUCUACUGAAGCAUGGAAUAUCCAAG